GACACCUGGCAGCCGCGGGGUUUCCCUGGGCGCGGGACAGGGGCUCGGUACUCACUCUGGGAGGGAGACGGGGACGGGCUGGAGGGGGAGGUGGUGUGUGAAAGAGAAAGUAAAACUUUGCUUCCUCGUUGCUGAACGGAGCCAGAGACGCAUCACAGGGUGAGAUAUCUCUACUAAACACAAGAACCAUCCAGAUCUGUAAUCCAGAGAGACUCAGAUUUGAUCAUUAAAGGAAAUGGCUGAAAAAAUCGCUCACCAUCAAUGAUUAACCAAUGAAGGAGGUCCGUGAACUUGAAGUCAGAUUCAGACAUUGUUGAAAGGAGACACGACGACGUUUCACUGUGAGAAAUCUGAGGAAUAAUGUUGCACCUGGACUGAGAAAAGACAAAUGAAUGGAAAUAUAAUUUGCUGAGUCUUUCUUUUUUUAAGAACUAUUUGAAAAAGUCAGAGAAAUGGCUGAAAAGAUUGUUCUUAAUCUAAUCUAAUAAAAGGAGAGAAAGUGAAACUUAAAGCGUUCAGAGAUCCCGUCGCUUCCUCGUUGCUGAACGGAGCCAGAGACGCAUCACAGGGUGAGAAAUCUCUACUAAACACAAGAACCAUCCAGAUCUGUAGUUAACAGCCUCAGAUUUAGAAAUUAGAGGAAAUGGCUGAAAAAAUCGCUAUUGUUGAAAGUUACCUGAGCUGCCAUGUUUGUUCAGAGACCUUCAGAGAUCCCGUGUCUCUGAGCUGCAACCACAGCUUCUGUUCAAGCUGCCUGCAGCGAUUCUGGGAACAAGCUGGAAACAAGAACUGUCCCAUUUGUAAAAGAAAAUCCUCUAAAGACAAUAUUGAGGUGAAUUUUCAAUUGAAGGAACUCGCUGACGUGUUUGCUGGGAGACAGAAGACUGGAUCAACUGAGACAGAAAGAGCAGAGAAGAAGGUGGAGGUGGUGAGUUGUGAACAUGGAGAAGAGACUAAACUGUUCUGUGAGGACGAGCAGAAAGCUGUGUGUCCUGUCUGUGAGUUCUCUCUCCACCAGAGUCACAAGGUGGUUCCUCUAGAACAAGCAGUCAGGAACCUGAAGGACCAGCUGAGAUCUGACUUGGAGUCUCUGCAGGACAAGAAGAACAAACACCAACAAGUGAAGAAAACAUACAAUGAAGUGAUUCAACUCUCCAAGAAGCAGCUGGUGUCCACAGAGAAGAAGAUCAGAGCAGAGUUCAACAAGCUCCACCAGUUCCUGAGAGAGGAAGAGGAGUCCAGACUGGCAGCUCUGAGGGAGGAAGAGGAGCAGAAGAGGAAGACCAUCAACAGAGAGAUGAAGAUGAUUGAGGAGCAGAUCUCCUCUCUGUCAGACAGCAUCUCUGCUGCUGAAGAAGACCUGCAGAAACACAAGGUGUCGUUCCUCAGCAGUUAUAAAGCCACUCAGACCAGAGCCAGAGUCCAGAGCUCACUGACAGAUCCACAGCUGCUCUCAGGAGCUCUGAUAGAUGUGGCCAAACACCUGGGCAACCUGUCCUUCAGAGUCUGGGAGAAGAUGAAGGACCAGGUCCACUUCAGUCCUGUCAUUCUGGACCCAAACACUGCAUGUGACAUUCUCUAUCUGUCUGAUGAUCUGACCAGUGUGAGACGUGGAGGCACAGACCAGCAGCUUCCUGAUAAUCCAGAGAGAUUCACUAGGUAUUUAAAUGUUCUGGGUUCUGAGGGCUUCAGCUCAGGGAAACACAGCUGGGAGGUGGAGGUGGGAGACCAUCCUCAGUGGGUAUUAGGUUUGGUUAAAGAGUCAGUUGACAGGAAGGGAGAGAAAUAUGCUUCACCAAAAGAUGGAAUCUGGUGUUUAGUUCAUCGCAGUGGAAAAUACACUAAUGGAGCUGGUCAGACUGUCAAAGUGAAGAAGAGUCUCCAGAAGAUCAGAGUCCAGCUGGACUAUGACAUGGGGGACGUGUCCUUCUACGACCCUGAAGACAUGACUCACAUCUACACUCACAGAGACACUUUCACUGAGAAACUCUUCCCAUUUUUUUGUAUUGGAAAGUCUGGUGAUGCUAAAACUACUGAUAUCAAGAUCUGUCAAACUGAUGUUUCUCUGUGAUGUUCAGUGAAGGUGGUGAGGUCAAAGUGACUCAUCAGCACGUUUAUUAUAGUUUUUGUUGUUGUAUUCUUCACAAUUUUUAAAAUUAAAGAAUGAGAAACUAAAGCAUAAAUAAUCAGAACUAUGUGUGAGGGAUAAUGUUCUAAAUAGUGGUUUUGGUGUAAAUUUACAGUACAGACGAGUCGAUUUACUGUGAUCAUUUUAUUUUGAAAUGUAUUACUAGUUUUUUUCUAAGAGCAACAACGUUAAGAUUACAUUAAAAUGCUUUAGUUUUAAAUCACGUCAUAAAGCUUCAUCUUACUUUAUUUAUCUAACAUUAAUCAACUUCUUUAUUGUGGUUCAUAUUAAACUUUUCAGUUUCAUGAAUAAAUGGUUUGGUUUUAUUUGCAGUUUUUAUUGCUGAUGAUGCAGAAUAAUGUUAAAUUUAUAUCUUUCCAAACAAAUCUUUAACAUAUACAGUUCAUGUAGAACAAGAAUUUAAUUAUUUUUACUCCAACAAGGUGGAGACAAAGUUCACAUUUUGGUUGCAGACUGUCUUCAUCACAUUCUGACCUCUGUUCAGGGUCUGGUAGAAAAUGUCUGUAUUUCUGAUCCUUCAGAACAUUUCUAUCCAUCUCUCAGGGUUCAAUCCAGGAGACAAUCACAAGAGAAUCCACCUCUGGAUCAGAUACUUAGUUUAUAAAUUGUUAAUCUAUUAUCUCUGAAAUCAAAUAAACAAAUCAAUCACCUGCUUUUUUUUAACUGCAGCUUG